UAACUUGCGUUAGAUAAUGCUGUCUACUAGACUUUUACAGGGAAACACUAAAAAAACAUGUAAAUAAAAGAUUUCAGCAAAAUCGACAUUGAAAGAUUGUGAAUAUCCACCAAAUCGGGGAAUUACGUAUCACAUAAUAGUGCACUCUGGACGAAACAAAUCAUUGAAAAGAAAUGCCACUUUUAGUGUCUAGUGUACCUUUCAGCCCGAAUUUUUUGGGGCCUGAAAAACUAAUGUCAUCGUAAUGACAAGAUUUAAAUACAUAGUUUUACACAAAACUUUUUUUGCAAUUAAGUUUGCAAUUACAAAAACUAUUUCCCGAUUUGUACACUCCAACCUCACUUUUUCUUGAAAGCAAGUAGACACUCUUUCACGAAAAACACUUUGACAUUUCGAUUUUCAGCUUUCCUCGUUUGGAGAGUGCUGGGAAAUCCAAGGUGUACCAUCUGUCGAGAAAACUUUGCACUUCCAGUCGCUUGAAUUUAUUUAUUAGUACCACUCGGUUAUUCAGCAUUACGGUGCUGAGUAUUAAUUGUUAACACCUUUCUAAAAGGAAUUAUUUCGUUAGAAAAUCAUAUUGAAAUGAAUUCUAUUUAAGUGAUUAUUAAAUUUUCAUUUUUAUAUUUUCACCGGUACGGUGGGACUUUAUUUCUGCAUGUAUGUAGUCCUCUGUAGUUAGGUCGAGGGAAGGGACGUCCCUGACUUACCGUGCCCGCAUUGAUGAGCGAUUUAUAUGUGCUAAUGUUGUGCUGAAAUGCGAUGAUGAAAAAAGCAUGUUACUGUUCAUACUCUUUGUGGGAGAAGUUCAGAGAUAUGUUUUGAAACAUUGAAAAGUGUUGUGUACGGGCGCAUUACACUCAUAAAAGAAAAUAAUUGACUCCAGGCUUGAGAGUAUUGUCAGGUUUUUUUUAUUUUCUUCCUGUGGAAGACCUAAUUUUGCAAAAGGGAACCAAAUUGGUAUCCCUAUCAUGCCGCGAAACAAAAGGCGGAGUGUUGUUGAUAUGGGGCCUGAUGAUGAUGACAGGCAUUCCAACAAGAGAUUUAGGAAUACUACAAGGUGUGACACUAUUCCGAAGAUUCAAAGCAAGUUGGACUACCUCAGAUCACUGUUAAAUGACCAAGUUACAUUCAAAAGUAUUUACAGAUAUGCAUAUGAUUUUGCACGGCAGGAUAAAGAUCAGCGAAGCAUGGACAUAGAAACAGCCAAAGCGAUGCUUCAGUUAUUGCUGGGCAAACAUUGGGUUUUGUUUGGACAAUUCAACAAUUUUUUGGAACACUCAAAAUACAAAGUGAUCAAUAAGGACCAAUGGUGUAAUAUCUUAGAAUUUUCACGCACGAUAGCUAAUGAUCUAUCUAAUUAUGAUGUGGAUGGUGCAUGGCCAGUUAUGCUUGAUGAAUUUGUGGAGUGGCUAAAAGCUAUAAAAGGAGUUGAAGCUCGAAGGAGCUGAGGUAUCCUUGUUCCUUUGUUCACAGUCCUUGAAACAGGCAUCAUCAUCUGUAUUUGCUGGUCCCCAAGGUCCUGGCAAGUUAAACAUGCCAAACGUGUUGUAAAAAUGUGAGUCAUAUUUUUGGUGACUUCACUGUAAUGUAUUAUAUAAGUAACACUGGGCCUAAUGCUGCACAUUAAUGAACUUCCAGUUCCCAUGUCCUGUUGUUCCCUGAGAUUCAAAAUUUUCUGUAAACAAAUUUGUUUACAUUUUCUAAAAUUGUGUCAAAUAUUGUUGUUUAUCUUAUGAAAUCCCCUUUGCUGCCAAAUGUAAUCAUAUAUACAGUGAAGCCAUUUUGUAAAAAUGGUGCUUUAUUUUCUAUCGUCGUACUUCUGAACUGGUAGAGCUGGCAGAAGAAUGACAUGGUUAGUUGUAACAAAGACCGGUUAUACGUGUAUGAUAUUAAAAGUACCGUAUAUACUUAAUCAUAUUGGUUUCUUCGGAAGACUGAUCAAAUGGGAUCUUAAGCUUCCUUGUGUGGUUUCAUGCAAAUGAAGUGAAUUUUGAGGAAGUGACGUUGGAAUAUACACACAAGAAAAAUUCAUGCCGUAUUCUAGUGAAAGGCUGUUAUUUGAUGAUAACUAAUGCAUGUUGUUUAAAGCUUUGGAAGUUCCUACAACCGUGUUAUCCAAGCCUGUAAACACAGAAACAACUUGCCGAAGUGAGCAAUAAUGCAUUUAAUGUGGAUGCUCAACUCCUCUAAAAAACAUGAAGCGAAUGUACGCAUAUUUUCAAUAAAACUUAAACAAAAGCAUAGAAUGUUGUUUUUUCAAAAUUCUUUCCUUCCUACCUUUGUUUGUGUGAAAGAGGAUGUUUAAUUUGAUAAGUAGUGUUUAGUUUGAUAUGAAAGAAGAAAACAAGAUACGAAGAGGAUUUGUGAGGUUGCUGUUGAGAUCCAUAACAGUACUACGGUGGAACAUUACUGUACCUUCAGGGAUGAACAGUAAAGAAGAUAGUUUUCGUGUACCAGGAAGCUACUGGUGGAUGUUCUAGUUUAAUUUUCUUACCAUGUCAACUGAAAUUACAUUUCUUGUUAAUGGCUCAACUUAAUAUUGCACAUCAACUUUUCUUUAGUAUUUGUAAAAAUUUGUUCCUUGUUGCAAUUUAUUACAAUGUUUUCAUUACACCUGGAACCUAAAUUCUUUAUGCACCAAUUAUUGUUAAAAAAUUCAUUUUGUCAAAUAAGAUGUAAAUUGACAAUAGAUAAUCAAACGUCCAACCACAAACUUAAUAAUAAGCGUAAUUUCUCUUUGGUGUUAAUGUUGGUAAUUGUUCUGUGAAGUGCUUCUAAUGACCUCUGAACAUAGAUUUGAACUGAGAAUCUUGCAUUUACAAAUUUUAGCAAAGACAACUGAGGCCACUAUGGUUUUCACAGCCUCGUAUAGGAUUGUCUCUAAAGAUUGCUGGUGUCUAAAAUUUGAGACUACAAGAAAAUGUAUACAAAAAUGAAUUUCUUUUUAAUGUAAACAGUGGGUAUCCAUUAUAAAAUACACUAAGCAGCU